AUGUCUGUACCAAAUGCGUCUGUCUCCAUAAUAAAAGGCUUAGAGAAGUCUGGGAGAGCUAGCACUGGUGCAGUUGUGAUGGCUAGCUUAAGAACUUGUAAGUGCUUAGUUGAAAUGGCUGGAAGGAACGAUGUUGCGAUUGCUGCUGCUUUGGAGGCUAUGGCUCAUGCUAUGGAGAAUCAGCCGAAUGUUGGUGGAGACGCUAGAUCCCGAAGUUUGGCUACCUUCCAGAGAGAGAAUCCGCCAGUGUUCAAAGGCAAGCAUGAUCCUGAUGGAGCAUUAGAAUGGUUGAAAGAAAUCGAGAGGAUCUUUUGCGUGAUGGAUUGCACUCCAACGCAGAAGGUUUGGUAUGGAACUCAUAUGCUGGCAAGCGAGGAUGAUGACUGGUGGUUAGAAACGCAUCAGAGAUUGGAGGCUGUAGGUGGAGAGAUCACUUGGGCUGUGUUCCGUAUGGAGUUUCUGAGGAAGUAUUAUCCUGAAGAUGUUCAGGGUAAGAAAGAAAUUGAAUUCCUUUCGCUGAAACAGGGUAGUAUGUCUGUCACUGAAUAUGCUGCAAAGUUUGUUGAGCUGGCUAAGUUUUAUCCGCAUUUUGAUGGUGCUGGUGCUGAAUUUUCAAAGUGCAUCAAGUUCGAGAAUGGGUUGCGCUCUGAGAUCAAGAAAGCCAUUGGGUACCAGCAGAUCUGUGUCUUUUCUAAAUUGGUUGACAGCUGCAGAAUUUAUGAAGAGGAUAAUGAUGCUCAUUACAAAAUUGUUAAAGAGAAAAGAGGCAAGCAACAACAGAACCGUGGUAAACCGUAUGAUGCUCCAGCUGGUAGAGGUAGACAGAGAGCUACUCCGAGUCAGAGAACUAGUGGGGGAGGUGCUCCUAUUGGUAUUGUUUGCUUCAAAUGUGGGCAAGCUGGUCACAAGAGUAAUGUUUGCAAUGAUGUUAAAAGGUGUUUCCGUUGUGGCAAGACUGGGCAUGCAAUAUCUGAUUGCAAGCACAAGGAGAUGAUCUGUUUUAAUUAUGGUGAAGAGGGACACAUUGGGAGUCAGUGUCAGAAACCAAAGAAGGCACAAUCUAGUGGAAAAGUGUUUGCUUUGGCUGGUGAUCCAUUGGGUCUUGUGUUGUCUUCUAUGAAUGGCGAAAUGGUAGUUGAGGUUCCAGCUAAGGGGACAGUGACUACUUCCCUAGUAUGUUUGAGAUGUCCUUUGUCGAUCUUCGGAAGGGACUCUGCUGUUGACUUAGUUUGUCUGCCGUUAAGUGGGUUGGAUGUAAUUUUGGGUAUGAACUGGUUAGAGUAUAACUAUGUUCAUAUUAACUGUUAUAACAAGUCUGUGAGGUUUUAA